CGCAUGCGCGUUUGAGUGUGUCAACUUUUCACAGCGUCCACUGAACGCUGUUCCUCCGAGGCGUUAUAACGCUUCCCCUGUAACAAUGGCGGCGCAGACCGCGGGCUCGGCCUCCGGCAGUGCAGCACUGAGGCGGAAGAAGGACGGGGGACCGUGUGCGGACUUGUGGGAGCACACAGACAUCCUCUCACAGCUAGAGACGGUUCGCUGUUGGAUCGGGAAACAUUACAAAAAGUAUGUGCAGGUUGAUGCUCCUUCCAGCAAGUCUCUCUCAGCACUGGUCAUCCAGCUGCUGCAGUUUCAGGAGGAUGCUUUUGGUCUUAAAGCCAGUGACCCGGACCUCACUAAACUGCCAGUAAAGUGUUUCCUAGACAUGAAACCAGGAGGUGGUCUCUGUCAUAUUCUAGGCUCUGUGUACAAGUUUAAAACUGAGCAGGGUUGGCGGCGCUUUGACCUACAGAACCCAUCUCGAGUGGACCGCAACGUGGAGAUGUUUGUCAGUGUGGAGAAAACACUGGUACAGAACAAUCUCCUGAGCAGGCCUGUGGUGUAUCUGUCACCAGACCUAGACCAGAAACAAGCCAGCAAACUCAUAGACAUCAUCAUGAGACACAAGGGUUCGGUCACAGAGGACCGGUUACAAGCGACCCAUCAGGUCUACCCUACUCCCACUUCAGUAGAUGAAGAAGAUUGGUUUAGACCGGUCAUGCAGAUCAGUAAUCAUGUGAUGGUUCACUGGGGCAUGUAUCCAGACAGUUAUGAUACGUGGCUGUCAGCCAGUGAUGUGGAUGUGGAUGUAGAGGAAACUCCCGGUUCAGAGCGACCUUGGCGGGUACAUGCUAAGUGGGUUCUCGACACAGAUGUGUUUAAUGAGUGGAUGAACGAGGAAGACUAUGAGGUGGAUGAUAGCAAACGGAGCGCGAGUUACCGAAGGCACAUCUACCCCCGAGAUGAAGAGGAAUGCAAGACCUCAGGGAAGAAGAGACGACGCUCGCCUUCUCCUCCAUCUGAGUCCAGGAAGAAAGGAGGGAAAAAGGGUUUGUAUAAGAGGCGUGGCCAACAGGAAGAGGUGGAGCCAGAAGAAGACCUGACUAAAGACAUGGAGGACCCAGUACCUGUGCCCAACAUGGAGGAGGUCAAACUGCCUAAAAACAUAAACCUGAAGAAAGACAGCGAGAACACACCAGUGAAAGGAGGAACCAUGACUGACUUGGAUGACCAAGAAGACGAGUUCCUGUCUGGAUUCAGGGAUGACGAGGAUCAGGGACGAGAGUUUGGGCGUGGCAUGGAAGAAGAAGAGAGCACCAUAAAGCAGACUCAUCACAUCAUCAUCCCCAGCUAUGCCUCUUGGUUUGACUACAACUGUAUUCACCGGAUAGAGAGGAGAGCACUGCCCGAGUUCUUUAACGGGAAGAACAAGUCCAAAUCCCCUGAGAUAUAUUUGGCUUAUCGUAACUUCAUGAUCGAUACGUAUCGACUAAACCCUCAGGAGUACCUGACUUCCACCUCCUGCAGACGGAACCUCACAGGAGAUGUGUGUGCCCUUAUGAGGGUCCAUGCAUUCCUGGAGCAGUGGGGUUUGAUUAAUUACCAGGUGGAUGCUGAGAGCAGACCUCUUCCUAUGGGCCCUCCACCUACACCUCACUUUAAUGUUCUCACAGACAUUCCCUCAGCCCUGGUCCCUCUACAGCACAGACCGUUACAGGUUUCAGCCUCUCAGCAUAUGCUCCAUUUCCCAGAGAAGAGCAAAGAAAAACCAUCAGACCUGCAAAACUUUGGUCUUCGAACGGAUAUUUAUGCGAAGAAGCAUCCUAAGACUAAAGGAGCAAACGCAGGACGUGAGUGGACAGAACAGGAAACUCUCUUGCUUCUGGAGGCAUUAGAGAUGUAUAAAGACGACUGGAAUAAGGUCUCUGAGCAUGUGGGAAGCCGCACACAGGACGAGUGUAUCCUGCACUUCCUUCGCUUGCCCAUAGAGGACCCGUACUUAGAGAACUCAGAAGCUUCAAUGGGCCCGCUCGCCUACCAGCCUGUUCCCUUUAGCCAGUCAGGAAACCCGGUCAUGAGCACAGUGGCUUUCCUCGCCUCUGUCGUGGACCCCAGAGUGGCAUCUUCUGCUGCCAAGGCUGCCCUGGAGGAAUUCUCUCGUGUACGAGAACAAGCUUCUCCAGAGCUCUUCAAUCCCCCUGACCUCAAAAUGCAAGAUCCUGAGGCCAGUUUAUCUGAACUUGAGCCUUCCUUCGGAUUGCAGAUGAGUACCAGUUCUGGGCCGCAGGCAGAGCAACAGGAGAAACCUGAUGGAUCCAGAGUGGACAAAGUGGAGUUUGACACAGAACACCAUGACCAGGUGUUUCAGCCAAUCGGAGAAAACACUGCAGGAGAGGGAGAGCGAGUAAAGCAUGAAAAGGAGGAGAUGGAAGGAGAGAAAGAAGAGGAGAGCAAAGCUGAAGACUGUUUGGAAGUGGCCCAGGGGACACCAGGGGAACAUGUGGAGAGAAGGAGGAGGGUGGAGCUCGAACUGGUUGAAGCGAAUAUUGCCACAGCAGCUGCAGCUGCCCUGGCUUCUGCUGCCACCAAGGCCAAACACUUGGCUGCUGUGGAGGAAAGGAAGAUUAAGUCUCUUGUGGCUUUGCUGGUAGAGACCCAGAUGAAGAAGCUGGAGAUAAAGCUGAGGCAUUUUGAGGAGCUGGAGACCAUCAUGGACCGGGAGAAAGAGGCUCUGGAGCAGCAGCGGCAGCAGUUGCUGUCAGAGAGGCAGAACUUCCACAUGGAGCAGGUGAAGUACGCUGAGAUAAAAGCACGGCAGCAGCUGGAACAGCAACAGGGCGGAGCCUCACAGAGCAGUGGACCUGCCUUUAACCCUCUACAUGGUCGUACAGUGGGCAGUGGAGGGGCGGGGCAGGUGAUGGGCAUUGGAGGGGCGGGGCAGGUGAUGGGCAGUGGAGGGGCGGGACAGGUGAUGGGCAGUGGAGGGGCGGGGCAGGUGAUGGGCUCACAGCAUACUGGUGCUCCUAAUGGCACAUACCAGACUCCACCUUCCUCCCAGUCUGAAGGGGCCACACCUAUUUCCCGGCCCCCGAUGGACAGCUGAAGUCAUGUCCUGUAACGACCAAUCGUCUGCCUGGGAAUCUGAUUACAGUGUUACUGCGUCCACUGAGUCAUCUAUCAUGAAGUCCAACUCACCAGUGAAACCUUUAGUCCUGUGUACAUGGUGUUUUACUCUACAGUCAACUGAACCAGUUGUGUGUCACUUUUGGUCAGCACUAAAUGUUUGUAGCUUGAUUUUGUAUUAAUGACAUCUAGCACUCAUGCCAAUAAAUUUUUUUAAUAAAA